UGAAAAUAGCUGUCUGAUGGUUCUACAGAACCUGACCAGACAGCCCAGGAACACAAGCAAGAAAUAUAACAAGACUCACCAUGACCCCAAUUCUCAGAAUGCUGUUGUGCCUUGGUCUGAGUAUGGGACACAAGACUGCAGUGCUGGCAGGAAUCCUCCAAAAACCCACCAUCUGGGCUGAGCCUGGCCUUGUGAUUGCUCAACAUAUGCCUGUGAUUAUUUGGUGUCAGGGGUCCUGGGAGGCCCAGGAGUACUAUAUGCAUAAAGAGGGGAGCAUAGAUCCUUGGGACAGACAGUUUCCUCUGGAACAGAAGAACAAGGCUAAGUUCCACAUUGAAAAAAUGUCAAAGGCCUUUGCAGGGAUAUACAAGUGUUACUAUAAGAGUCCUGCUGGCUUGUCAGAGCACAGUGACACCCUUGUGCUGGUACUAACAGGAGCCUAUGAUAAACCAAGCCUGUAUGUCUGGCCCAGCCCUGCUGUAACUUCAGGAGAGUGCAUAACCAUGCAGUGUAUCUCAUCACUGGGAUUUGACAGAUUCAUUCUGAUCCAGGAAGGAAAACAUAACCUCUCAUUUACCCUGGACUCACAGCAACUAACCGAGAUGCUAUUUCAGGCUCAUUUUGUUCUGGGCUCUGUGACUGCUAACUACAAUGGGACAUUCAAAUGCUAUGGCUGUUUUAUGAAUAAUACUCAGAUGUGGUCAACAUCAAGUAAUCCCCUUGAUAUUCAAGUCUCAGCUCCUCAACAUUUGGCCCUCACUAGCAUUCAUUCAGAGAUAACUUCUGAGAAGAUAAUCAAUUUGUCUGAAAUGACAGCUCUAUUCCUUUGUUGACAUUUGUUUACUCUAGUCUUUAACAACCUCUCUUUUUCUUUUUUCAAAUUAAGCACACAUUGUAUUUUCUUUAGUUCUCUGAUUGUGUUAGCUAAAAUAUCAAGUGCUGUACUUAACAUGAUGAACAGAAGGGACACACCGCAUUCUAACUCAUCAUCAGGGGACUUUUCUGACUUUGUCAAUUAAAUAUGUUGCCUAAAAUUUAUUCAAAUAUUACCUCAUUAAAAAGAUGAUAUUCUACAUUCUAUGAGAAUUUGGAAGAAAUGGCAAUAUCAUAAUUAAAAAUACUGCUUCUUCCAUGAUCUUUGCAUUUGCUGCUCUCUACAAUAAUGUGAUCUAUGACACUGAUGGUUUUUCAAAUGUUGAACAAAUGUCAGAAUACCUUUCUAUAUAUUCAUUGUGUUGAAUUCUGUUUACAUAUCACUGAAUACUUUUUUAUUACAUAUUGAUCAUGUAUCAUUGGGUUCUAGGAAAAGACAAUAUUAAAAUUCACUAUGAGACAAUGUUUUCAUACUGCACAUGUCAUAGGAAAAACAGCAUGGCCACAGUUUUAGUACAGAACUUAUGGAACCACCUCCACAU